AUGCUAUCCAAGAAACCAUUUGGAAUUAUUGCUGGCAACAUUCAGGUGCCUGUUCUGCAAAAUCAACCUUCAAAUUUCUAUGUGCCUUCUUCUGUGCCAGCUAGUCAGAGCUGGCAUGGUGAAUAUGGAUUUACAGUCUCCUUUACUCAAGAACAAAAAAGUUCAAAAGCAUUAACUUGGACGUACUCUGAAAUUUCAAACAAACUUUAUGUUAAAAAAGAUGCUUCUUGUCCUAUCAAUUUUUCUGCCAACACGCGAUUACCAGAUGAUGUUUUCGUAAGAGCUACAGCCUUUUAUAGUUCUCCUGAUCAUGUAUCAGAAGUUGUUCACCGUUGUAUUAACCAUUCUACAGAUGAUUUAAACAAAGGGCUUGCUGAAGCAGAACAUUUGAUCAGAUGUGAGUGUAGGAAUGCUCAGUAUCAAAUUGAUCCCUUAACUUAUCGACAUAGUGUUGUUGUCCCUUUUGAAAAUCCAUGUGUUGGGCAAGAAUUCUCUACAUUCAUAUAUAAAUUUACAUGUUUUGGAUCGUGUUCUGGAGGCCCAAACCGAAGACCUAUGAUGAUAGUUUUUACUUUAGAAAAAGAUAAUAAGGUAAUUGGCCAUCACCGAAUAGAUGUCAAAAUAUGUGCUUGCCCAGGGCGUGAUAAGAAAUAUGAAGAAUGUUUACAAACUGUAGUACCAGAUGAUCCAGUGAAAGGAAGAGAUUCAGUGUUAGUGAAUUUGUCUGAUAGUAUGGAGUUUGUUAAAAAUGUUGCUUUUCCUGUGCCAAAGAAAGUUAAAGUGCCCCCUACUGAUGAAGGUCCUUAUACUAUUAAGACUGAUAAUUUAAAUUGCUUUGAAUUCCUGAAACAGAUGAGAACAUUUUAUGAAAUUUGUUAUACAAUGAAAGGCUUGCCUCCAGACAUUUCAAGUGCUUUGGUUCACUUCCAGCAGCUUCAGCAUAUAAAAAAGGAAAAUAGUUGACUGAGAACAUCAAAAACUAGUUCAAUAGUGAUUUUAACUUGAUUUUAUAUGCAGCCAAAUAUUAAGCUGAACGACCUUUUGUUAUAGAGCUGUUUUUAAGCA